GUACUUUUAGAUGAUGUUUGUUUAGACAUCAGUUUCGGGUGUAUUAUAAUAACCAAAAUUAUAAUUAAAGAAUACAAGUUUACAGCCACCGUACAAUAGUUUAUUAAGUCGGAUAUCAUUAAACAGAUUCGUAAAUGAAGGCAGAAGUAAAAGUAAUGAACGAGUGGAAUAAGAGCCAUGGCUGAAGGAGGUCACCCUAAAGGCUUUAAAGUGACAUAUGGAACGCGGAAGGUUCUUGUCUACAACAAAACAUAUGCUGAAUUCUUAAAGAAAUGUAAGGAUAAAUUUAAGCUAGAGGAAAAAAGUCACGUGACAUUUACCCUCCCGGAGGAUGACACAGAAGUAGAUGAAGACUGCUUUGACGAUUUACCUGAUAGAUCGGACAUACAUCUACACGUGUCUGAGCAGAUAGGGGUUCAGACAGUGGUAUCUGGGUCUGAAAAUGUUGAAACAGACACCGAAAAUCAAUCAGGAAAUGGUGAUUCUCGGGAUGAUGAUUACUACAAUCGCUAUGACACAGGUAGUGAAGAGGAUUAUGGAGAUGUCUCUUGGUUUAAAUGGGAUGAUGAAGAAUCUAUAAAGGAACAUAUAUCAAAGUACGGUCAGAAUGGUCUUGAAUCACUACUGAAAGACAGUCUGGAAGGAUGGCGACGCCAACCAGUUAAUAUAGCUAUCAUAGGUCAAAGCGGGAAAGGAAUCGAGUCUGAUCAAUGCUCUUAGAAAUAUAACAGAAGUAGAUAGCAUGGCUGCAGAAGUGGGAGAAAAUGAAACAACAUUAGUAUGCAGACACUACCCACAUCCAGAGAAUGAAAACAUCGUAUACUGGGAUGUUCCGGGAUGCGGAACGAAACAUUUCCCUUCUGAGUCAUACUUAGAAAAAAUCCAGAUUUAUCGCUACGACGUUUUCCUGUUAGUUUCAUCAGGAAGAUUCCACGAGUUAGAUAUCUGGCUGGCAGGGGAACUUAAAAAGCGGAAGAAAAGACAUUAUUUCGUCAGAACGAAGACAGAUAUUGAUAUGGCAAAUUUUAAAAGGAGACAAAGGUUUGUAAAAUCUAAUGCAACUGAUGAUGAAUUAUUUAGAAAAUUAAAAGUAGAAUUCUCACAUCUCUUGGAACAACAGAUGAUAUAAAUGUGUUCCUGGUAUCAAAUCAUCAUCCUCAACAAUACGAAUUUCCAAAUCUACUCUUGAAUUUAGCUGAUGAGGCCAAUAUUCAUAAAAGGAUUUCACUUACAUUUGGUGUAGCUGGAUUGUCAACAGCUAUAUUAAAUGAAAAAGUAAACGCCCUACGACAGCGCACAGGCAAAAUAGCCAUUUUAGCAGCUUUAGGGUACAUGUAUGAACCUGCCAUGGAUCUACACAUACCACUUCUUAACAGCCUUUUGCAAAAUGAAUUAGUCUUUUAUAGACGUCAAUUGUCUUUAGAUGUAAACUCUUUGGAAAAACUUGCAAAUAUUGCACUGAUGAACCUGGAAAGUUUAAAGAAUUUAGUACAACUGAAAUCAAUACAAUCAAUUUCCGAAAAAGAUAUUGGUUUGUUGAUUGAUGAAGCUCAGAAGCAAACCGUCUUACAGAAACCUGACAUGACAGCACUAACAUUUCCGUUGUCGAUAUUAUUACUUCCAUACAAAAUUUGGACUUAUAAGAUAAUCAAGAACGUAUUAAGUAGUCAACUUACUCUGAUGGUAAAGGAUGCCAAAAAAGUGCUCGAAACUGUUGUGUCCAAGAAAGCAUUCACAGUAUAGGGUUAUAUGAAACUAAAGCUAAAUUCGUAACCAGUUUUGACACAAAUAUAUAGAGUGACUGAUAGUUAUUUUCAGAACUUUCUUUAGAGCAAGAAAUAAAACAAACAAAAAAGAUAGAAAUACGUUUAAUAUUCGGAAGUAAAUAGUCCUUUACAUGUAAUAUCAACAAAGUGAAACCUAAAUCAAUGUUUUCGGGUUUCAGUGACCUACAUUCGCAAAUUUAAAUGAAAAAAAACUUUAAAUUGAUACGAUUUCAAAGAAACCUAAAAGUCAGAAGUAUACUUGCAUCUAUUUGAAAUGACAAAGAAACUUUUAUUCCAUAUAGAAAAGAAAACAUUAAGUAAAAGAUAACAAGAGGUCAAAUGUGUUAAAGUCUCUUACUCAGGCAGUGUAUAGGACUUUCCCUUUGCUUCUGUAAAAUCCAGCAAUUCAUAUGUAGUAGUAGUCAUAAAAGCUUUAAGCCCUAAAUACGCUACGUGGAGCCACUUAAACGGAUUUAUGUCUAUACAAGGAUACUUCAAACCAAGAUCGGAGAACAUCCAGCUAGCUCAUGAAAGGAAUUUGUUUAUUUGUUUAUAUUUAGUAGUAAUUGCAGAUACUUUCAUACAAAUUUGGAAUCGGUCAAUGCGAGGACACAUCUGACCAUUUGUGAAAAUCAUAUUAAAUAAAGCAGUACUUGAAAAGUAGUUGUGAAAAGGUUUACUUUCCUAGCCCUCAUAGCAGAAGUGUCAAACCUGAGACAGAGCAAUGCAAUGAUGUCGGUUAAACAGAGACAAUGUAAAAAAGUUAUUAUCAAAUAUGAUUUUAUUGAGAACAUUUUGAUCAUGAGCAUCUUGUGCAUCAGGUCUAUGUCGAGAUAUUAACGGAGAAAAAACAAAUAUAACUAGAUUAAUAUAAUGCAUUAUGAUAUUUGUCGAGUGGAGACUAUUUUCUGUUUCGAGAAAGUAUUGUUUGCAAAGUUCAAUAUAACAACAAGUACCAUUAAAGAUGUAUUAUGCCGGCACUAUUUCACUAAAGUAGAAAAACCUCAUCAAACGUAUCUAAUUUAGCUAAACAUAACAAAUCUGUGUAUGUAGAGCUGCAUUUACAAUUAAACACCAUGUAGUAACAGUCUUUUUAGACGCACUAUGACUAGCUAUGUAAUAUUUGAGUGUGUACAAGCCUGUUUUAGCAUUCAAUACCGUUUUCUUUUACACAAUCUGCUUCUUUCUGUUUUACAUAGAUGCUGUGCAAUCAUCAUUCAUUUCGUUCAAAUAUGAAAAUUUGAUCAAAACUGAUAUCAAUCAAUAGAUAUUUCAGUUGAAAAGGGUAAAAAAAAAUGUUAUGGCACUUAUCUUGAAUAAGGCUGCAGUGUUCUAUCCCUGCAUUGAAAAGCGCGCAUACAAUACUCAAUGUAGAAUAACGUAUUAAAAUUUCUGAUCGAAUUGAUAUGUUUAUUACAAAAUGAAGCCAGGAAAAGUUUUUGUAAACAACAAGUCAAUGUACCAAACCCUGAAAUUGGUUCUUCCAACACCUGGAAAUUUCAAUUCGUUUGGUGCUUUGAAAUAGCUAAAUACAACUUCGAAGGUUUGACAAUGAAAACGCCAGGAUACACUGAGAACAUUGCUCUUUCUGCAAAUUUUUCGGAUAAUAUCUUAGCUUUGGCUUUUUCCAAUUAGAAAGAACUUUCCUUACACCCUUUAUAUUAAGUUUCAUAGAUUGAACUCUUGGUUAUGUAGUUCCCAUAUAAGUACGGGAUACUGGGUGUGUUCCCUGUGUGUGGAGGCCUCCAAGUAUACUUUAAGCAUGUAUUUCGUACUGGAAUUGACAGUAUUACGAUCAUGUAUUAUAUAAGCAGUUAUGUUUUUCUCCGAUUUAACUAGUUUUAAUAUAUCCGAUACUGAAUACAUUAACGUUAUGAAAGACGAAAUGCCCGGUACAAUGCAUGUUGUGAUGUUUCACACGAUAGUCACUUGACUUUAAAGCAUAAUUAUAGUAGUUUAUUCAUCCUAUCUAUAUGUAAAUACAUUUAAUUGUAUUAGAUAGAUUGGCGUGUAAAUAAUAUAUUUUAAGACAAAUUGCUGUAUAAAAUGAGAAACAUGUACAGUAGUUCUUGUAAAACAACUAAUUAUAAAGUUUUGCAUGUUUUUCUUUUUCAACAGAAGGAUUCUUUUAGAAUUUAGAGCAGACUCAAGUAUGCAAACGGUUCAUAUAUAUUACGACAGCAACUGAUUUGAGAAAUGUCAUCUUUGUUUCAAUAUAUGUCAUUACCUAAUACAUGUACAUGACUGUGUGUAUUUA